AUGUCGGCGCAAUUAAAACCCAUCAUCUGCCCUUCAGUCCUCGCCAGUGACCUAUCCUCGCUCGCCUCAGAAGCGAAGCGAAUGGUAGACGCUGGAUGUGAUUGGCUGCAUCUCGACAUUAUGGACGGGCACUUUGUGCCGAACCUGACGAUUGGCCCGGGCGUGGUGAAGGCGCUACGCGGCCACGUGAAGUCGACGUUCUUCGACGUGCACUUGAUGGUCACAGACCCCGAGAAGUGGGUUCAGCCCUUUGCAGACGCCGGCGCAAACUCGAUCACCUUUCACUGGGAAGCAGUCGGCGGCGACCUGGCCAAAGCGGAGGCUCUCGCGAAACGAAUCAGAGAGCUCGGCAUCAAGGCCGGUCUCGCCAUCAAACCGGCGACGAAGCUGGCGGACUUGGGAGACGCGCUCGCUGGCGACAGAUUCGACAUGCUCCUCGUCAUGACUGUCGAACCGGGCUUUGGCGGCCAGAAAUUCAUGCAAGACAUGCUCGACAAAGUCAGAGUCGCGCGCUCACUCUUCCCUCGCCUAAACAUCCAGGUGGAUGGCGGCUUGGACGGAGAGACGGUGAAGUCGGCAGCUUUUGCAGGGGCGAAUGUGAUUGUGGCCGGGACGAGCAUCUUCAAGUCGGAGAACCCUGAUGCUCUGAUGACAUUCAUGCGCGACGUCAUCACUGCCUCAGACACUCUGUGA